AAAAUGUCGAAUGCUUCAGGAAGCCUUAAUGAUAUGCGACAACGAAUCGAAGCUGAUAAAAGAAGUAUUUUCGAGCAAACCCUCAAUGACAAUUCAACCAAUACUACUAAUUCAAGCAAAGAGCAUAAAAAAAUAUCCGAUGCUGUUUAUACCUUAAUAUUUACCGAUGAGGAUGUCGACGACAGCGAAGAACUUUUCAAUCAAAUUUUGAAAAAAGCCGAAAAAGCUUAUAAACAAGAUAAAGAAUUCAAGAAAAAAAAUCCUCAUCUAAAAAAUAUACUCGAUAACUUUCAAAUACCCUCGACAAAAGUAAGGCAAAGAAAAUCUAAAGAAAUCGAGGAUUCCCUGAAAAUUAUAAAUAAUUUCAGAAGAAAUUUAAUUGAAACGGAAGUACCUAAAAAGACUUGUUCAUAUACCUCAAUUAUAAACGCUAAGAACAAGAAGAAAAAAACAUCGGUAAAAAAAAGUCUUGCACCCGAAGAAAAAAAUCCAAAAUAUAAAACUUAUCCUGUAUGGAAAACAACGGAAACGUAUACUCCGAUAUUUCCCGCAUCGACAACUCCCAGAUGGACUGAAAAUGAAUUUUUACCAAAAGCUAAUAAAAUGUAUACACCUCAUCAGAUCUACAAUUGGGUAGAAACCACUGACUGCCAAAUCAACGCUCCUCCAUCGUCUGAGGAAAAUGUCAGAACCAAUGCUGCAACAUGCAAUUCAAUAAUUGAUAAUGAAACUUUUGCGACUCCUGCUAAAAGUGCAAUAGAUGGAAUUACUUCAAUACGUAGUACACUUGUUCAAUUCAAACCAUCGCCUCCGAGACGUUUGUCACAUAGUAAUUCUGAAAAUUCAAGUAUUUCUUCAAAUUUUCCGUUCAUAAUGGAAAAUGAAGAAAAUGGAUAUGAUCAGGACAUCGAUAAUAUCCAUUUAUCUUAUGAAAAAUAUGACCAUGCUGAAAUGGACCAAGACCAUCUUAAUGAAAAUUAUACUGAAAAUUUCAUAAAUAAUCCUAAAGAGCAGAGUGAUUAUAAGGAAAAUUUCGAUAAAAGCUACCUUUUAAAUAAUAACAAUGAUACCGCUAAUGAAACUAAUGGCAGCUGUUCAAAAAGUUUCUCGAAGGAACCAUUUUUCGAAGAUUUCAUACGUAAUCUGAACAAUAGUAUAAGCAAUAAUUAUAAUAUGGAGGUCAAAUGUUCAAUGAAAUUCAAAUUAUUUCAAUGA